AGUAAAGAAGAAUAACUCUUGAGCAAACGUUGGUUUGACAUUUUUUUGUAAUCACAGACUUCGUGUGAGUUCUGUAACAAUAUGGGAAACAAAGAGAAAAAGAAACACAAACAUCGCUCCAGAUCUAGAGAACGAUCUAGAGAUAGAAAGAAAAAGAAAGGAGAUAGGAGAGAGAGGUCUGAAUCAGAAGACUCCAGUGAGAACAGCUGGGAUGAAAGACCACGAUCAAGGUCACCUCAUAAGAAAAAGCACAGAAGGCAAUCCAGAUCAAAGUCACGAUCAAGCAGCCGGUCUCACAGACAUCGAAGACAGUCUGAUUCAACUUCUUCUGAUGAUGAGCAUACUGAUGACAGCCAGCACAGGUUCCAGCCACCAUCAGCCCUCCUUGAUCCUGAGGAGAGAAAGAAGCAGAAAGAAUUGAUUAAAGCACUGGAAACUCCAGAGGAAAAACGUGCAAGACGUCUGGCCAAGAAGGAAGCCAAAGAGCGCAAGCGAAAGGAACAGAUGGGUUGGGACCAGGAGUAUAUGGGUUAUACCAAUGUGGAUAAUCCAUUUGGUGAUGAGCACCUUCUGGACACCUUUGUAUGGAGUAAAAAAAUAGACAAGGAAGGAAAAAAACAUUUGGCCCAUUCAGAAAUUCAAAAACUACAAAAAAUAAAGAUGCGAGAAAACAAGAUUGAGCUGGAGAAAGUGAAGAAGAGAAGACUGGAGAGGGAAAGAGAGAGAGAAGAAAGAGAAAGAGAGCGGGACAUGAUGAUGAGAGAGAAAGAACUUGCUUACUUCCGUGAAUGGGAAAAACAAGAAGACAGUUUUCAUCUAAAACAAGCAAAGCUGCGCUCAGAAAUUCGAAUCAAAGAUGGACGAGCCAAACCCAUUGACCUGCUGGCAAAAUAUAUCAGUGCAGAGGAUGAUGAGCUAGCUGUGGAGAUGCAUGAACCCUAUACCUAUCUAUAUGGACUAACUAUGUCAGAUCUUGAGGACUUGUUGGAGGACAUUCGGGUGUACCUUGAGUUGGAGCAAGGAAAGAAUGCAGACUACUGGCGAGACAUCAUUACUGUCACAGAGGAUGAACUUCAGAAACUGCGGAAGUUGGAUGCAGCUAGUAGAGAGUUUGCAGACCGGCGAGAGGGCAUCAAUCCAGCUGUGACAACAGAAGUGGCAGACAUUUUCAAGGGGAAGUCAACCAAUCAGCUGAAAUUAUUAGAAGAUCAAAUCAAAGCUAAGCUGAACAUUGGAGAAGGCAUUGAUGUAGGAUACUGGGAAACCCUUCUGAGGCAGUUGAAAGCCCACAUGGCGAGAACUAGACUACGUGAGAGACAUCAGGAUGUUUUGCGACAGAAAUUGCUGAAGUUGAAGCGAGAGCAAGGACUAGAGGCCCCUCUGUUCCCAGUGCUCAAGCAAGGAAAAGAUGGUGAAAGUGCUGGCUCCCCUGUUCCUUCUGCCAGCCGGCAGGUAGACUCACCUCAGCCCAGGCUGUCCAGUGAUAUUGCUGUUGCAUCUACAUCUGCUGAAGGACGAAAAGAUACAGCAGAGGACAAACAUGGGGAGGAAUCUGAAGAACAGGAUGACGAUGAAGCUGUCAUCACAGAGGCAGACCUCAUAGAGCAGGAGGAGCAGAAUGACGAUGAAUACAUCAAAGGCGGCUACUCUCCUCGCCUCUUGCAGCCUGGAGAUCUAGGAAUCGAUGAAGUGAUCUAUGAUGAGGAGGAAGAUGCCAAAAAGCUGGCAUUGGCACGUAGCCAAGUCUGUGCAACUGGAAGAGUGCGGUUGGAUGUGGAGACUGAGUUUGAAAAGGCUGCUCGUGAGGGCAUGAAUGAUGAUGAGGCACAGUUUAGUGUGGAGAUGACAAUUGAACCACAAGCAUUCAUCUGGUCUGACAAAUAUCGGCCACGCAAGCCUCGCUUCUUCAACCGUGUUCAUACUGGAUUCGAAUGGAAUAAAUACAAUCAGACACAUUAUGACAUCGACAACCCUCCACCAAAGAUUGUUCAGGGUUACAAGUUCAAUAUUUUCUACCCAGAUUUGAUAGAUAAGACCAAAACUCCAGAAUAUACAGUGACACCUCUGGAGGACAAUAAAGACUUUGCAGUACUUCGGUUCAAGGCCGGGCCACCAUAUGAGGACAUAGCAUUCAAGAUUGUCAGCCGAGAGUGGGAGUACUCCUACAAGAGAGGCUUCAGGUGUCAGUUCCAGAACAACAUUUUCCAGCUGUGGUUCCACUUCAAGCGCUACAGAUAUAGGAGAUAGGAGGCUAAUGAAAUAUUUUCCAGUCAUAAAAUGUAAAGAUUGUUGUUUUGCAAGAAGGAUGAGUGAUUGUCAUGUCAUAACAAAGCUGUGAGGAGUGUGUAAAAGUUUCUUUCAUCAAUA